AUACAAAAUUUUCUUUAGAAGUGGGUUGGUUGUCUUUUUAAAUGUUGAUUUCAAUUUGUUGAUAUUUUGAUGUAAAGAAAUACAUAACAGUGCAGCAUCACUUCUUGCUUUAUAUGUCCUGGGUAUGAAGUAUCUGAACACUGUAAUCAAUGUGUGCACUAGUGUGCACUUUCCAGAUACCAGAUAUGAAAAUGCAGUCUGUGAGGUUUACAUGAGUCCUUAAAACUCCAUAGAAAUGCUUAAUGAUAAAAUGUAUGAGUCGUUGGUCUCAGCUGCUUGUAAAAAGUCACAAGUAAGCAGAUGAAGAUGCAGAAACUGUGGUCACCUCGAGAAUGUGUGCAUUUCCUGUUUUCUUUCUUUUGCUGAAUGGUUUUCACUGCACAGACUCUUGAUGGAUGGCCUAGUAGGACUGUGUCCAUUGGACAGAACCCAAGUUUUUGUUUGUGACCUCUCUGACUUGUCUGCCAACUGGAAAGGAAAGGGGAAAGGGCAAAACUGUGCAACUUUCUUUUUAUUUUCUUCUGCUGUGGUACUUAGUACAAACUCUCAUGCUUAUGGAAUAUAAACUCUAAAGUUUUGUAGGAGAAAACUAUGACAAGUCUCCCAGUUAUAAAGGAAGUUCUCAUUAUUCUGGUUUUGAGCAUAUGAUACAUUAAUAUUUUCUAGUCUUAAUACCCAAAUGUUUAUUAAUGACAGGCACUUUGUUGAACUGUUUGUUCUUUUCUUUUUUUCUUCUUCUUCUUCAAGGGAAUUGAGAUGUAGAGUCCUCAUUACUCACAUAGCUGUUAAGCUGGAGUAUAGGGCUUUGAAGCUUAGGAGAGCCUGUGCUUCUGGAAGACUCUACUGUCUCCUUCAGUUAAUGAAAAACUAUUACAAAUGGCGAGCAGAAUGUCCAGAACUAAGUGCAGAUCUACACCCUAGAAGUAUCCUUGGACUUCUGAAGGCUGGCUACCAUGGAGUUCUGAGGUCCAGGGAUCCGACUGGCAGUAGAGUUCUCAUUUACCGAAUUUCCUAUUGGGACCCAAAAGUUUUUACAGCCUAUGAUGUAUUUCGUGUAAGUCUGAUCACAUCAGAGCUCAUUGUACAGGAGGUGGAAACUCAACGGAAUGGAGUCAAGGCUAUAUUUGACCUGGAAGGCUGGCAGAUUUCUCAUGCUUUUCAAAUUACCCCAUCUGUAGCCAAGAAGAUUGCUGCUGUAGUUACAGAUUCCUUUCCAUUGAAAGUUCGUGGGAUCCAUUUGAUAAAUGAGCCGGUCAUUUUCCAUGCUGUCUUUUCCAUGAUUAAACCAUUUCUGACUGAAAAGAUUAAGGGUCGGAUUCAUCUGCAUGGGAACAAUUAUAAAUCAAGCCUACUUCAGCACUUCCCAGACAUUCUUCCUCUGGAAUAUGGUGGUAACGAGUCCUCCAUGGAGGAUAUUUGUCAGGAGUGGACAAAUUUUAUAAUGAAGUCUGAAGAUUAUCUCAGCAGCAUUUCUGAGACCAUCCAAUGAGAAGUUGUUUCCUGUGAAUGACUUCAUCUAAAAUUCAAGGAUGGGAUUCUAUCUGGUUACUAAACUCAAGACCAAACCUUCUAAACGAAUUGAUCCUUAUCUGAUCUUUAAACACGCAACAUGGAUAUUUGGAGGAUGUUUUAAUUUCAACAAUGCUCUGUUCCUUUUAAAUUAAUUAAAUGUUAGGAAAGAAGAUAUUUCUGUUUUCCCUUGAAGAGCAAACAUAGCUUCAUCUAAAGUAGUUGUUCCAGUGUUUCUUUGUAUGGUUCAGGAAAUUUUAUAUUAAACAAAACUUUAUGAUCCCAUUGUUUAAUAUUAGAUUGAUGGUUAUCUACUGGAAAGAAAUACUGUACGCAUCAACUGAUGGUGAAACAAUAUUAAUGCUCAGCUGAGAUUGGUAUCAGCUCAUAAAUCAGGUUGCAGUCUGAAUACAGAUUAAUUAGUUCAUCUCAGGUAAAUCCGACUUUAGCAUAUGCACAAUAGAAGCCUUUCAAUGUCAGUCUACACACUAUAAUAUUGCAAUCAAUGAAAUCACUAUGGUUGAUAAAGGUGAUUCAGAACUUAAGAAAAAUUUCUGGGCACAGUAGAUGGUUUCUCAUACUGUCUUGUAUUUUCAAAUAAGUAAAGAAUAUAAUUAUGGCUUCUGUUUAUAGACAGGGAAGUAGAUGUAUAUGUUUUUUACAUAGACUUGAAAAUUUAAGAGAACUACAUAAAUGAAAGGAGGUGUUUACAUUUUAAACCAUCAGCAGUGAUACCUAGUAUUUUUCAGAUUAUUCAUAAAUAAUUUGAUUUUAUUCUGAGAUAAUUGACUAUUACCUCAGAAUAUUCUGUUUAGUUUAAAUAGUCGGCAGCUGGGAUGUGCAGUCUCUACCAUAGUGCAGUUCAUUUCUAAGACUUUCAUUCAUUGAGAAAGGUGUGAUCUGAUCCUGUAUUCAGCCCAGCCUUCAAUUUGGCACAUAGGUUUAUACUUGAUGUUUCUAAUUAAUUUUAUUUUAAACUGGAACUAAUACAAGGUAAAGAACUUAAUGAAUUUAUGUUCAAAUAGUUAGACUUCUACAUUAAUUUCAUAAGAGUAUCUUUGUACAAGGAUAUUUUUCAUUGUACAAGGGUGUUUUUCUUUAUAAGAAAAUAAGUCUAAUCAGAUAAGCUGAUACUCAUGAUUCUCUGUACAUAUACUUCUGACAAAACUGAAAGGUGCAGAUAGAUGUUCUUUAGAGAACUGUUUAAUUUUGAUUUAGCAACUAGACGUUAACUUUACUAUUUAAUUUUACUAAAAAAAUCUUGCCUUUUUCUUAAAAAAUAGUCUUCUUUACUAAAUUAUAAAAUUAAAACUAUAUAAAUAAGAAUAAUAGAAAAUAAGUUAAGGAAAUAAACAGUAGUAAAACACCUCUGGUUUAUCAAACGUUUAAUCAUAGAAGGAAACCCUGAUGUCACUUUCUUUACGUAUGACUCUGUGAAGGAAUGUAAUGGUACAUUACAAUAGGAGCUAAUGUUUUAAAUGUGUACAGUAGUGAAAUAAUUAACAAUAAACUGGAGUUUAAAAUGCCAGUCAAUGUAAGUACAUUCUAUGAUGGGGCUUUGAAAGUGUUUAUUCCAUGAAGCAAUUCUACAAAGAACAUUGAUGAGCAAUAUGGGUAAACUGUUUGGAAGGUGCUGGGCAAAUAACUGGAAUUGUCUAAGUGGCUUCACCGCACUGUACCAGAAACAUAUUCUGAAAGUCAGACCCAUCAGUGCUCACUGUGCUGCCGAACUUCACAGUAAUUUACUUUACUGUUGUGAAAAAUAAACAUCGCUCUUGUAAA